AUGUCGUUCUUCGAAGCUGCCUCGUGGCACGAGGGAGAAGUUGCGAUUCAUAAACGAACUCGUAUCAGCGGUUAUGACAAUCCCACCUCACCAUUCCUCACGCCUCGGGCGGCCAGCAUGAUACAGCGGUACCCCAUGAUGGCAAUAGGGACAUUGGAUGAUCAAGACAGACCCUGGUGCACAGUCUGGGGCUCCGAUCAUCUGCCAAUCGCGCAGCCAGUAGCUCAGAGCGUUCUGGGCGUUCGCACGACGGUCGACGCGAGUUUCGACCCCGUGAUCCAAGCCAUUUACAAUGGUAAGGAUGACGGGGAAGUGAUCCGAGAGGAAGGCAAAACGAGGCUGAUGUCCGGGCUAAGUAUUCACCUGGAAGAGCGAGGAAGAGUCAAGAUGGCUGGCCAAGUCAUUGCUGGUGCUCUCACCGCGAACGUACCCGUUGCGCCUGUCAGUGUGUCCGACAACGAUCCUCUCCUAGGCAAAUCAGGCGAAGUACAGCUUGUCGUCAAGAUCGACCAAAGCCUCGGAAAUUGUCCCAAAUAUCUUAAUAAAAAGCACAUCGUUGCUACCGAACCCAAACCGAGAUUAUUGUCUUCGUCGCCACAUCUCACUCAAAAAGCUAUUGAUUUAGUGCAUCAAGCUGACUUGUUCUUCAUCGCCUCGGCGCACAAGCACGAGGACAUGGACUGCAAUCAUCGUGGCGGCCCUCCAGGUUUCAUUCGUGUGCAGCAACCCGCCAGUCUAGACGAAGGCAGCAUCAUCGUUUGGCCCGAAUACAGUGGGAACAACCUCUACCAAACACUUGGUAAUCUGGAAAGCACCCCUCACGCUGGUCUAGUCAUUCCUGACUUCGAGUCUGGCGAUGUUCUUUAUGUAACUGGGGAUACUGAGACCCUUGUCGGGGACGCAGCGAGCAAAGUCAUUGCCAAAAGCAAUCUUGCUGUAAGCCUGAAAGUGACCGGAGCACGUCUUGUUGAAAAGGGGUUGCCUUUCCGUGGCAAGCUGAUGGAGGAUGCGUCCCAAGGCCGCUCACCAUAUAAUCCCCGUGUGCGAUACCUGACCUCCGAGAAAAUAGAUGCGUUUGGGAAGACCGGGGGUGACGCACCUCCCACGACGGCAAAGCUCAUCAAGAAAACUAAGAUCACUCCUACCAUCACCAGAUAUCGUUUCGCACUGGCUGAUCCUGGUGCUUUUGGGCCCUGGAAACCAGGUCAAUACGUCGCGAUGGAUGUGGCAGCCGAGCUGGACAUGGGAUAUUCACACAUGCGAGACGACGACCCGACCAGUCUGAAUGACGAUUAUAUUCGGACUUUUACUGUCUCAUCUAUCCCGAGCUCUCUUGGACUGCAUGGGGAGGAAUUCGAGGUCACAGUGCGCGCCGUCGGCCACGUCACCAAAUGGCUUGAGUGGCAGCGCGAGGGCAUGUGUGAGAUUGGCAUUCGAGGCUUUGGCGGAGAAUUCGCUUUCGAACCCAGUUCCAGGAAUGCGUUCAUCGCUGCCGGGAUUGGCAUUACGCCUUUGCUGGGACAGAUGGACAGCCUGGAUCUCAACAAACUAAAGGUCAUAUGGAGCGUGGGGAUCCGUGAUGUCGCAUUACCGCUAGACGUCCUCAGCCAGUUUCCCAGUUUGAAAGACUCACUGACAAUCUGCCUUACUGGUGACGAGUCACUGUUGGAUGAGAAGAAUAAGGCACAGCUACAGAACUUGAUCGACGCCGGAGUGAAGGUUCUCAGGAGGAGAUUGACAAAAGAGGACUUGAUAGUCUUGGUAUCCGAAGUUGAUAAUUGGUAUCUAUGCACGGCGCCGGCGAUGAGAAAGAUUGUGCAAGAGUGGAUGCCGGGAACGACAAUCAUCUACGAGAAUUUCGACUACUGA